AUGUCGAAAUUUUGUCUAAUUCUUUUGGUCGUUUGGAUGUUGCAAGCCAGCAGAGCUUGUGAGGACGAUAACGAAGAAGAGCUAUUAGUCAGACAGCAAUCAGAUGAGUACUUUGCCAAGGCGUACGGAUUCACCGCCGAUACGUGGAACGCUCUGUACAACAAGCCUAGCCCUCGUCUCCCAGAUUACGCAAAUCUUUAUGAGGGGAGAACGCCAUUGAACAAGUUGCGACCCAGUAAAAACCCGUUUAAAAACUACUUCAACAGAGAUCAAGCAGAUGAAGAAGAGAACACACUAGAAGGUCGGUUGGGAGGCUUAGGUGCCAGUCUAGUCAACACCGGCCUCUUCAACAACAGAUUCACACCCGCAAAUACGUGGAGGCCUUUAGUUACCCUCGCCAAGUUAGUACCCAUUUCGGUGAAUCCGAAUUCCAAUAAUCCACUCGGCACCUUCAAUACCUGCACGUCACCCAGUGGGGAUGAAGGAAUUUGCACUCCCGGGGCCGUUUGUUCUUUAUUCGGUGGCCGGCCUGGUAGUUCCUGCAACCAGGGACAAGUCUGUUGCAUCAACGUGGUUAAUUCGUGUGGCGCAAUCGUUACUCUAAACAACACCUACUGGCAAACACCGACUACGGCCUUACGCAAUCCUUGCUCGCUGACUGUCCGAAUGGACCCCAAGUUUGUGGAACAAUCGUUAAAACCCAUCUGUCAAAUUCGCUUGGAUUUCGUGUCCUUCACCACCUCCCAACCAACAGCUGGAACGUGCACUGAUACAUUUCAGGUCGGUGGUGUAUCAAAUGCGGUGCCUACCAUUUGUGGAGACAAUACGGGACAACACAUGUACCUUCAUGUUCCUACGUCGUCAAAUAACCCAAUCGACGUCCAGCUCAUGUUCAAUUUUGCAAGUGGGACGACAAUCAACCGUACGUGGAACAUUAAAAUCGCAAUGCUCCCGUGCGGGACCAAAUACCUCGCUCCCGUCGAUUGCCUCCAGUAUUUUACCGCCAUCAGCGGCAAAGUCAGCUCGUUUAACUGGAUGGACGUCGCUGGAACUCGCCAACUCAACAGUCAAAAUUACAACAUUUGCUUCAGGACUGAACUGAUUUCAUCACAGAAAGCGACCAAGAUGUGCUUGUCACCUUGCACGGUCACGAAUGGCGACGCUUUCUCCAUCACUACUCCGCCCGCUGUUUACCUCGUGGGUUCUGGUACUAAUUCAAUUGGAUUCGCCCCGAACCCUGAUGCCGCACUCAAUUCCGCUGUGGGCACAACUUACACCGAUCAGACCCGCCUAUCGGGAAUAACUGUUGCGACCUGCUUGUACGAUUAUCUUCUUAUCCCCGGCGGAAGAGACGCCAAUAACGUCGAAGCCGACCGCUACUGCGGAAACGAACUGAACCCAUCACCUGGCUCUGUCAUUUUUGCAAAUGUGCCAUGCGGCGAGGGCAAUACAGUACGGCAACCCGGAGUUUUCAUAUCCGGAACUCAACCCAGUGUCCAAGUGUGCACUCCCAUCAAACCGUUUAAGCUCACCUAUCGAACUGACGGCCAAGAAACUGCAGUGACUGAGGACCUUACGACAAAUACCGUUCGAGCUUUGGCCGACGUUAGCAACACUGGAUUUUGCCUCGACUACCAAGAAAGAUAAGAAAUCCGGCGGAAUACAUUUGGAAAAAGUUGUUGGACGUUUUCUUUCGGCGAUCGAGACCACAAUCAAUUAAUUUAUACAUGCAUGUAGUCGGAUUUAGAGUACUAUUGUUUUGAGAAUUGAAAUCAAAUUUUAUAAUUAUGUAACUAGGAUCAACCCUAUUCUGAAAAAAUAAAUUAAUUCGAUAUA